AGCUCUUUCUCCUCUCCAAGGAAGAAAAGCAAAAAAGCACGAGAAACAGAUAGAAAGUGGCAACGUCCGUUCGAUUUCUGCUUCUGCUUCUGCUCUUGUUUCGGAUUCAGAUUCAGAUUCAUCUUCGGUUUCUGCUCCUUUAGCUUAGCAGCUGCGACCAGACGGAGGUAGAGAGGGAAUGGUGACGUACGUGGGCGCGUUGUUCUACGGAGUAGGAGGGAUAGUCGUCGCGGGAGUGGCGCUGCUCGUGGCCUUCCAGGAGAAGAUUGUCUACGUGCCGGUGCUUCCCGGCUUAAGCAAGUCCUAUCCGAUCACUCCCGCCAGGCUCAAUCUCAUCUACGAGGACGUUUGGCUUCGAUCCUCCGAUGGCACACGCCUCCACUCUUGGUUCAUCAAGAUGUUCCCCGAAUGUCGAGGUCCAACUAUUCUAUUUUUCCAGGAGAAUGCCGGAAAUAUCGCUCAUCGUUUGGAGAUGGUUCGCAUCAUGAUACAGCGCUUGAAGUGCAAUGUCUUCAUGCUUUCAUAUCGCGGCUAUGGGGAAAGUGAUGGCUAUCCCUCACAGCAUGGAAUCAUAAAAGAUGCUCAGGCUGCACUGGAUCACCUUUCUCAGAGAACAGACAUUGAUACAUCUAGAGUAGUUGUAUUUGGAAGGUCCCUUGGGGGAGCUGUUGGAGCUGUGCUUACUAAAAACAAUCCCGAAAAGGUAUCUGCAUUGAUUCUGGAAAAUACUUUCACAUCCAUUCUUGAUAUGGCUGGUGUUUUGCUGCCCUUCUUGAAGUGGUUUAUUGGAGGAAGUGGUUCUAAAAGCCUGAAACUCCUUAAUUUUGUUGUACGCUCCCCCUGGAAUACAAUAGAUGCUAUUGGUGAGGUCAAACAACCAGUACUUUUCCUCUCCGGACUACAAGAUGAGAUGGUCCCACCAUUUCACAUGAAAAUGCUGUAUGCUAAAGCGGCUGCCCGUAACUCUCGGUGCUCAUUUGUGGAAUUUCCAAGUGGGAUGCAUAUGGAUACAUGGCUGUCUGGUGGUGACGUUUACUGGAAAACGGUCAUGCAGUUCCUUGUGAAGCAUGCGCCUGAGGAAAGGAAACAAGAUACAGGAAGGUAACUAGUUGAGGAUGCUGUGUUUAGAGGAAGUUUGGACUCACUUGGCUCCUUCUGCAAGACUGCAACCUAAAAACGUUUGUAUCUUUAUAAAGCAUAUGUGUGCGUAUGUUGCAUUUGGGAGUGACAGAUACAACUUGUUCUGAGAGUGAGAUGCUGGAGAGGUACUUUGUAAGCAAAACCAGCCAGUGAAGAUGGUUUUUGUUUUUUGUUUUCUUCCAAUACUUCACUACUGCUUCUCUUCUGAUAAUAACCUUUCAUCUAUAUGAUCAUUGCUUUGUAUAUGACUAGUUGAUUAAGAAAGUGCAAAGACACGGUUAUAUGAUUAAAUCUCGAGUUUGUUGUUUA